AUGAGUAGUAGAUUUAAGCGAUCAGGGGAGACUAUUAGUAGGUACUUCAAUUCAAUCUUGGACCGAAAAUGCUUGGGGGCAUUAGAUGGGACUUACAUUAGGGUUCAUGUCCCUGAACAAGAUAAACCAAGAUAUCGAACACGAAAGGGGGAGGUUGCAACCAAUGUAUUGGGAGUUUGUACUCCUGACAUGAAAUUUAUAUUUGUUUUCCCUGGUUGGGAAGGAUCUGCGUCUGAUUCUAGGGUGUUACGAGAUGCAAUUAGUAGACCAACAAGAUUAAGAGUUCUUGUAGGAUGUUAUUAUCUUGUGGAUGGUGGGUACACAAAUGGUCAAGGAUAUCUGGCUCCUUAUAGGGGUACAAGAUAUCAUCUAUCUGAAUGGAGGAAUAGAAGGGCACCUAAUAAUCAUGAAGAGUAUUUCAAUAUGAAGCAUGAUGCUGCAAGAAAUGUGAUUGAAAGGUGUUUCGGACUUCUUAAGAUGCGUUGGGGUAUCUUGCGAAGUCCAACAUUUUUCCCAAUUGAGACGCAAUGUAAAAUUAUUACAGCUUGUUGCCUAUUAUAUAAUCUUAUUUGUGGUGAGAUGGUGGCUUUUGAUUCAUUGGAGAAUGAAUUGAAUGGUAGUGAAAAUAGGGAAACUAACCAAGAUGGUGAUGUACUUGGCACUAUUGAACCUUCAGAUCAAUAG